GCACCGUGACUGCAACAUGGGUCUGUCGCCAACAACGCCUCGCCAUGAACGCCUGCAUGCUCGAGCACGCGAAGCCUGAAGAGGAAGAUCGCGCGAGAGAAGAGUGGUUCUUGAAAAGGGAGGAACGACGUCGUGAGAAAGAGCAGGAGCUGGCUGCGGUCGAGAAGAGACGUCUAGAGGUCAUUCAGAUGAUGAGGGAGGAUCAGGAAAGGAGGAGGAAGUUGAGAGAGCAGGAAUUGCAGCAGAAGAGAUGAGAUGAUUGAUCGCGAGACUCGUCUUUGUUGCUUCGGUCGGGGGGAAGUAUGCUGGUUGAACGCAGAAGUUCAAGGCAUACGUAAACGGAUGGUUCGUCAGGGAGGAGCUGGUCAUGGCUCUACAAGCUGCCACUGUCGACCAAUGUCUUCUCGCUUCGAGACAUGGACGUCCUGGUCCUCAGGGGCCAUGUUUGGCUCUCAAUGUCGAGCUGCUAUGUGUCAGACCGAGCACCAACACGCCUGGUGCACGGUGUAUAUAUGUGGACGUAUGUGGACGGCGGGAUGGACGACCUUGCAUGGAACGAUGGGGUUCAGUGGCGUUAUUUCUUUACUUCUACUUCAGGUGUAUGGAGUUGUGUGUGCUCUCCCAACUUUGUCUGUUGCUGGGAUUAUCUAUGUACACUAUAGUCACCUCCACCGGCUUAAAUAUUUUGGUGUCAUGCCUAAAAAGGUAUCAAAUAAACCCCCUUCCAUUGAGAAAAUAGUUCCUUCUCCCUCAAAAAAAAAGAUAUAUCCUUAUACAUGAUGGGUAGGUACAUCCUGCCUUGCGCCUCAAACUCCACUGUUCCUGCUUCUGGUUUCAAUUCAUAACCCAGCAAUCCAGUCCCGAU